AUGCUUAGCUUAGAAAACAACAUACAUCCCGUAAGGCCACCGCGCUCUGACGCGAUUGUGCGAGAGAUGGAAGCACGGAAUCAGGACUCUGUGCCACCAGUCUCGUCUGACGAGACGCCUAGGGCUAUCAUCAAGAAUGUGGACAUGGAACAGGACAUGCAGUUAGCUGUGAUUGAACUAGCCGCGGAUGCGAUGGUUCGUUUUGCAGUAGAAAAGGACAUGGCGGCGCAUAUUAAGCGCACAUCGGACGAUCGGUUCGGUCCUACGUGGCAUGUUAUUGUUGGUCGAAGUUUUGGUAGCUUUGUUACCCACGAAUCGAAACAUUUCAUCUACUUUUAUCUUGGUACAAUGGCUUUUCUGGUUUGGCGCGCCUAA